GACGUUGCAUGAGUACGAAAAUUUAUUACUUUUUUUUCUUGAAACUGAUAGACUGACAUGAUUGCCACUCGCCACUCCACUUCGUGUCUGACCAUCCGAUCUCUUUGGUCCGAUUCGAGUUCCGACUCAUCUGUCAAUCAAUCAAUUCAUUUCAUUCAUCCUUAUACUUCAUGUAAAGUUGCUUUGUUCGUUGCUAAUAGCCACGGUGGUUCGUGUUUGUUGUGAUCAGCAUCUUGACAAUCGCCUGAAUCGGCUGCUCGACGCCUCCCGCAGCCCGCGGCGCCCGGAACUGGCUUGACUUCGUGAUUCACUAGUGGUAGCUGUGUACAGUUGCGCACAAUGGCACGAGGACAGCAGAAAAUCCAGUCACAGGCGAAAGCAGCCGAAAAAAUGUCCAAAAUGAAGAAACAGCAGGGACACAGCGCAACUGAUCAGAAAAAAGCCGCCCAAAAGGCUCUGGUUCAUGUGUGCGUCGUUUGCAAGGCACAGAUGCCUGACCCCAAGACUUAUAAGCAGCAUUUUGAAAACAAGCACCCCAAAAAUGAUCUACCAGAAGACCUGAAGGCCAUCUAACACAACAAUGUUUCUGUAGUCUAACAUUUUAUUUUUAUUCAUAAGUACUGUAAAAAUAACUUUCCUUUUUUCAAUUUGCAUUUGUUUAUUUUAUUAAAUCAAAUUGUUUCUA